AUGUCUUUCUCACAGUUUGGAUAUCCUUACAAUGCAACGUCACAGUUUUUCGUGUCCGCAAACCCCGGUACGACUUGCUGCGAUGCUAUUUCCAAGUCUGUCUCUGACGGGACAGGCGCGUCCCAAACCGCUGCAGCCGCGUCCUUCUGCUGCCCCUCGUACAGCCGCACGGAGCUCAACACGGCGCUGGGGGUCUACAGCUCCCCGUACGCAGCCGCUGCAGCCGCCAGCCAGACCUAUGCCAACUACUUCCCCUACAGCCCCGAUCCAUCCGCCAUCUACUCCUCUCUGACGCCACAGUAUGACAUCAAGGACAGCACAGGCGCCUUACACUCUGGAAUUGCUCAGACGGCAGCUUACUAUCCUUAUGACCACUCACUCGGACAGUAUCAGUAUGACAGGUAUGGGACAGUAGACUUCAAUGGGACAGCCAGAAGAAAGAAUGCCACUCGGGAAACAACCAGCACUUUAAAAACAUGGCUCUAUGAGCACCGCAAGAACCCUUACCCCACUAAGGGAGAGAAAAUCAUGCUCGCCAUCAUCACCAAAAUGACACUUACACAAGUGUCCACCUGGUUUGCCAACGCCAGGAGGAGACUCAAGAAGGAGAACAAGAUGACGUGGUCCCCUAAGAAUAAAGCCGGAGAAGACAGGAAGGACGAACUUGACAAAAAUGACCACGACUGUGUAACCAAAGAAACAGCUGAUUGCAAAGAGGGGAAGGACUUGCAGUUGAGCGACCUGGACGACCUGGAGGAUGAAGACUGUGAUAAACUUGACAGUGACUGUGAAAAAGCCACUGGAGAUGAUGCCGACCUACAGCAGGCCCUGACCAUCUCUGGGAGCCUCCAAAAACGGGACUCGGAACUUAACCUGAGUUUAUCAAACACUUUCCAGCCUUCAUUUUCCUGUCCCAUAAAGAGCUCUCUUCCUCCCCUCAUGACCAGCUACCCUGACCCAGUGGUCUCUCGGUCUUCCAGUCCAAUGGGAACUCUGUCGCACUUUGAAUCUUCAGACAAACCCAGGAUCUGGUCCCUGGCUCGAACAGCAGCAUUGGGGGUCAUUCUGAGUCCGCAGCAACAGCCUCCGCAUGGCUCAGAGCUGAGAACGGGGUCAUCCUGUCAGCUGCAGGGCGCCAGGCUUCCUGUAUCUCCUAAUGGACAGUGUGCUGGAAUAAGGGGCCUUAAUCAUGAAAACUCAAACCCUGAAAACUCUUUCUCCUCUGAAAGUUCUCUGCACCCAAAAGUGUAUGGAGCUGGGAGCUACAGUCACAAAAGCAUCCAUCUGCACUGUUCGUCCUACACUGGGUUGACGGAUACGUAUCCAUACACGACCACAAUCGAAGGAUUCCCAAGUGGAAAAGCUCAAACCCCGUCCCCUGACCUCAGCCAGGCAUGUGCGACCUUAGCAGAUGACAAGGUGACUGCGUUCAGACCCGUGAUGAAGAGAUCAACCCACCUCGAUACGCAGAUUUUUAAUAUGCACUAA